UUGUAGUCUUUACGUCGUUGUGCGUCAACUCCCCAGUCCCCCCACCAUCACUGUUCUACAGAGGAAGAAAGGGGGAGACGGGAAACCUAUACUGAACGCUUUCACACAAAUAUGAGCGGCAGCGGGCGGGCCAGGACCAGCUCAUUCGCUGAGCCUCCCGGAGCUCCCGGAUCUGCUGCAGCCGGUGCCGUAUCGGCGGGGGCCGGCGGAAGCUCGACAGGAAAAACUGGGGCUUCACAAGCCAGUGGAAGCGGCUCGACGAGCUUUGGAAAUUUGAAACUGCCCAGAGACAGCGGCAAAGUGACGACGGUGGUAGCCACCCCCGGCCAGGGCCCUGACCGCCCGCAGGAAGUGUCCUACACAGACAUAAAGGUCAUUGGAAAUGGCUCCUUUGGCGUGGUCUACCAAGCUCGCCUCAUUGACACGCAGGAGAUGGUGGCUAUUAAGAAAGUUCUCCAAGAUAAAAGGUUUAAGAAUAGGGAGCUGCAGAUUAUGAGAAAGUUGGACCACUGCAACAUUGUGAGGCUACGCUACUUCUUCUACUCGAGCGGAGAGAAGAAAGACGAGGUGUAUUUGAAUCUUGUGCUGGAUUUCGUCCCGGAGACGGUGUACAGGGUGGCUCGGCACUUCAACAAGGCCAAGGCCAUCGUUCCCAUCAUCUAUGUUAAGGUGUACAUGUACCAGCUGUUUCGCAGUCUGGCUUAUAUCCAUUCCCAGGGCGUUUGUCACAGAGACAUAAAGCCUCAGAACCUCCUGGUAGACCCAGAGACGGCCAUCCUCAAACUUUGUGACUUUGGCAGUGCAAAGCAGCUAGUUCGAGGGGAGCCGAAUGUGUCCUAUAUUUGCUCACGGUACUACCGUGCCCCAGAGCUCAUAUUCGGCGCCACCGACUACACAUCCAACAUUGACAUCUGGUCAGCCGGCUGCGUGUUAGCCGAGCUGCUUCUGGGCCAGCCCAUCUUCCCCGGGGACAGCGGUGUGGACCAGUUAGUAGAGAUCAUUAAGGUUUUGGGGACGCCGACGAGGGAGCAGAUCCGGGAGAUGAACCCUAACUACACAGAGUUUAAAUUCCCACAGAUCAAAGCACAUCCUUGGACAAAGGUGUUUAAGCCUCGCACCCCACCAGAGGCCAUCGCCCUCUGCUCCCGCCUGCUGGAAUACACCCCCGUUUCCAGACUGUCUCCUCUGGAAGCGUGUGCGCACGCCUUCUUCGAUGAGCUGCGUCAGCCCAACACCCGCCUGCCCAGCGGACGGGAACUGCCGCCCCUUUUCAACUUCAGUCCUGUUGAGCUGUCCAUCCAGCCCCAGUUGAACUCCACACUCAUUCCUCCUCACGCUCGUGCACAGACAUCGCCUGCCUCACACGAGGGCAGCGUGUCGGACAGUACCGCCCAGCCCAGCUCAGCACCUGGAUCCAUCAACAACAGCACCUGAGCAUCCAUCCCUCUAUCACAAAUUUCAGUUUCGUCUUCCCCAAUUAUUUCUUUCCCCCCCCACAUCCUUUUUUUCUUUCCCCUGCUACUCUUCCUCUAAAAGCUUCGUCCAGGCUCCAACCUUUAAAAUAGAAAAAGAUAACCAAACUCACUCAACUGAAACGCUCUGCAUUUGUACCUUUUCCAAAACUAUUACAGUAGAAAGCGGCUGCUGCGGCCACUCGCUUCAUGAAGCUGUGGGUUGUUUUAUCGCCGUUUUUGUAGCUGCCCUUUGGUUUAAUGGAAGCUGCAGUUCAAAUGGGCGGAUAAAAAGUCAAAGUCGGUAGGAUAAGGAGAAGUCUUCUACACAUUCUGGGGUUUCUGUAUUAAAAUCAACAGCUGACUUUUAUUUUUUUUUUAAAUGUAUUUAAUUUGCAUUAAAAUAUUUUAGAAGUGGCCACUGAUUUGACUUUUGAUUGGCUUUGGAGUUGAGAUGGCGAGGAGUAUUUACAGCUUGAUUUUUGACAAUCAUCCCAACCAGAGCUCAGCGUUUAUAGAAGAUCCUCUUCCGUUGCUUUCUGAAAAUGUCCAAAUAGUUCCAAAUAAUUAUUUUAACAUUCUGGUCUCUCACCGGAGAAACCUUUUAAACUAGAGCUGGUUUUAAAUGGUAGUACAGAAACGGAGCGCCACGGCUGUUUACCGUUUUGUUUUCGUGCUUUAGCUCCUUAAACUGCCUUUUUCCACAACGAGGAGGAAGCGUGUUUGAGCAGAGUUUACACUGCUUCAGGUUUGUCGUUUAUAAGCUUUGUUUGUCAAGCUGGGAAAGCCGAGUGGUUGGUGUUGAUUCUCAGUAAGUAUUGCACAUCUCCAGGCGGGAGUGGAAGGAAGCAAAGGGGACAGUUUUUAAUGUCACACAGAGGAAGAGAGAGCCUCUGCUGCGGGGCUCCAGUCGCAUCUAAAACACGAGCCUCGCCGCCUGCCAUGCGUCGGGGCGCAGCGCCGCGUUAAUUAUGUUGCUGUACAGUGUUGCGUCUCACAUCGGCUCGAUUAUGUUAAAAGACUGACAUCAGGUGCAGGGGGCCGCUCAUAUCAUGUUGCUCUUUGAAUGCAUUGCUAAGCUAACAGUCCGCUGUCAGUACAAGAUGGGUUUCUUUCUUUCGAAAAAAGAAAAAAGAACAAAAAAAAAAACCAAACGUAGACGUGCAUGUUCAGUUCAAGCUGACCCGACUGAUAUGUUAUAAUCUGACCAGAUGUUAUGCUCAAACCCCUGGAAAAACUCGACAGCUUUCGGAGCCUACCCCCUUCCAUUCCUCCUCUUCCUCCCACUUUUCCCUCCUUUUUUUUCACAGCUGAACUGUAAAUAUAUCAAGUACCUUUUAUUUUGUUAUUUUUGUUAUUAUUGUUAUUAUAUUGUUGUUCUUGUAAUUUUCUUUUCUUUUCUGUAGUAGACCGGCCCAGCAGCAGCAGCCGGACUGUUUAUCCUCAGUCGCAGUCUGUAAAUACAGUUUCAUUUCAGUCCCUUGUUCAGAAAGGGGAGAAAAACAGAACAAAAUGUUUCAUUUUUAUUCUCUCUCUUCCUCCAUUCCUCACCUCCACUUUCCCUCGUCCUCCAUUAAUGUUGUCAUGACUGUUUUAUUUAUUGUAUUGUUUUUAGGGGAGGGUUGGGGACUUUCUCUUUGGAUUUUUAUUUUUCAAAUCCAAGUUGGUUCUGUCAGAUGCAAAAUAAUUUCACAUCCAAGAUACUGUACUCAUUUACGAUCCUGUAUGUAUGCAGGUGCACAUGCGAGCCGAUUCUGGUUUUCCAUUAAACUUCAAUGUGAAGGGAAUGUUACAAGCCUCUGUAUACGUGGGGCCCGUACGUGUCUGUGUGUGUGUGUGUUUUAGGGCGUGGGCACAAAUCACAUUGUGUGUGUGUGGAGGAAAAGGGAAAAACGAAUCAACCUAGAUGACAUACAUCAUCUCCUUUGUCUGACUGUGAGCUAUUUUUGCUUUCUGCGUGUAAAAGUUUUGACCCGUCAGUCUAGUUUGUAAUUUUUACAGAUGGAAAGUUUGAGCAGGGAAUGUGUGUGUGUGUGUGCACCGUGCUGGCUGACCAUAAACAUUCUCCUACAUGAAGAGCUAGCUAAUCAUGUUUUCUUUUAAUCCCCCCGCAAUUUCCUGAGUUGACACUUUAUUUGUGGUGACCCUUUCAUUGCCCCUUUUUUUUAAAAUAGGGUAACAUGUCAUUAUCGGGGACAGUGCCGUUUGAUAAUGAUGAAAUGUGAGGGAUGGAAGGAGAGAGACAGUUUUUGUUUGUUGGUAUAAAUAAUUAAACUCAUUAAUAAAGUGAUGAAACUGUC